UUGUUUGCCCAGACGGCUUCCGUUCCGAGCAGCCCUCGGGAGUGCGCCUCUGCUGCGGAGCUUUACGCGCGGGCAAGACUGGACAGAGAUGACAAGAGCCCCGCGAAAUUGGCCAGACAAACAUGGAUCUGCGUAAGACGAUGAUUACGGUGCUUUGGAUUUUAUUGCUGAACCCGGUGGAAGACUCUCACGCGGAGGAAGUGGUGCUGCUGAAUUCUAAAGAGACUCAAGCGGAGCUGGGCUGGACCUCGUAUCCCCCCAACGGGUGGGAGGAGAUAAGCGGCGUCGAUGAAAAGUACAAGCCCAUCCGCACCUACCAGGUGUGCAAUGUGAUGGAACCUACCCAGCAGAACAACUGGCUGCAAACCGGCUGGGUGGCACGUCGGGGUGGCCAGCGCAUCUUCGUGGAGCUUCAGUUCACACUUCGCGACUGCAACAGCAUUCCCGGCGUGGCGGGCACCUGCAAGGAAACCUUCAACCUCUUGUACGUGGAAUCGGACAGGGACCUCGGCGCCGUGACCCGAGAGGACCGCUACACCAAGAUUGACACCAUCGCCGCCGACGAGAGUUUCACGCAGGGCGAUUUGGGCGAACGGAAGAUGAAGCUGAACACAGAGGUACGGGAGAUCGGUCACCUCAACCGUCGGGGCUUCCACCUGGCGUUCCAGGAUGUCGGGGCCUGCGUCGCUCUGGUGGCCGUGCGGGUGUACUACAAGCGCUGCCUCGCCACCGUCCAGAACCUGGCCAUCUUCCCCGACACGGUAGCCGAGGCGGCUUUUUCCACGCUGGUCGAGGUGCGCGGCAGCUGCGUCAACAACUCUGAAGUGGACGCCGAUAGCCCCCCCAGGAUGCAUUGCAGCGCCGAAGGGGAAUGGCUGGUCCCCAUUGGGAAAUGCAGCUGCAGUGCGGGUUUCGAGGAGGGUCACAGCAGCUGUGAAGCAUGUCCCCCCGGAUCAUACAAGAUGUCUUCCAGGCAGCAGGAGUGCUUCCCCUGCCCCGCAAACAGCGUUUCCGAGGAUGACGGCUCGGUGGCGUGUGUGUGCAGAGACGACCACUUCAGAACUCCCCUGGACUCGCCCUCGUCACCGUGCACACGCCCCCCGUCUCCUCCCCGGGACUUGGUCUACACCAUGAAGCAGUCCACUCUCAUCUUGGAAUGGGCCGCGCCAUCCGACACGGGUGGUCGGGUGGAUCUGACCUACAGCGUGGGUUGCCGGCGCUGUCCCGGCAGGCGCUGCGAGCCUUGCGGGGCCAGCGUGGGUUUUGUGCCUCAGCAGAUCGGUCUGACGGAGAGGACGGUGACUGUGGUCAAUCUCCUCGCCAACAUGAACUACACCUUCACUGUGGAGGCUUUGAACGGAGUGUCCGAGCUUCUACCCAACAAGAGGUUCUACACACAGGUCAAUGUGUCAACAAAUUUGCCUGCUUCAUCUCUGAUCAGUGAGCUCCGAGCUGAGAAGAUUGAGGAAAAGAGCGUCACAUUGGUGUGGAGGCAACCUUCGUCCCUGAAUAGAAGCCGGACGGAAUAUGAAGUCAAAUACUAUGAGAAGGAGCAAAAGGAUCAAAGUUAUUCCACUGUGAAGACGUCCUCCACGCGCAUCAGCGUCAACAACCUCAAAGCCGGCACCAGCUACGUCUUCCUGAUUCGCCCCUUCACGACCCCAGCGCCGUCCUCCUCGCUGUCCUCCUCCCCGCUCUCAUCCUCUGCCUCCUCGUCUUCCUCCUCUGCUUAUCCCUCCUCCUCAUCCUCUUCCUCCUCCUCCUCGUCCUCCUCUCCUUCCCCAAUCGACUACGGAGCCUACAGCGCACCCCUGGAACUGCAGACACUUGGAGAGCUGGCGUUGGCAUCCAGUGAACAGAGUCCUGUGGUGAUCAUCGCUGUCGUGUCCGUGGCGGCACUCGUCAUGCUGCUAUCGAUGGGCGUCGGACUGCACAUCUGGAGGAGCAGUGUCUGCUCAAGCUCCUCCAAUGUAACUCCUGCUAGCGUGGUGCUGCUCUCGACAUCCUUCUCCACUCUUCCUCCUCCUCCUCCUCUCCUCUCUCCUCUUCCUCCCUUCACACAGCUGAUGCCCAGGCAGUGCGGCUACAGCAAAGCCUCUCAAGAAGGAGACGAGGAACUUUACUUUCAGUUCAAAAUUCCUACACGGAGAACCUACAUCGACCCAGAAACGUGUGAGGACCUGCUGCAGGCUAUUCACGCUUUUGCCAAGGAGUUGGACAACUCCAGCAUCAAGAUAGAGAGAAUUGUGCACACAGGUGACUUUGGGGAGGUGUGUCGCGGCUGUCUCAAGCUGCCCAGCAAGAGAGAGCUGCCGGUGGCCAUCAAAACAUUACGAGCGGGCUGCUCAGAGAAACAGCGGCGCUCGUUCCUCAGCGAGGCCGGUAUCCUCGGGCAGUUUGACCACUCGAAUAUCAUCAGGCUGGAGGGCGUCGUCACCAACGGUAACACCAUGAUGAUCAUCGUGGAAAGCAUGUCUAACGGGGCCUUGGAUUCCUUCCUUAGGAAACAUGAGGGUCAAUUGAACGUAAUGCAGUUGAUGGAUAUGCUGACCGGUGUGGCAUCGGGGAUGAAGUACCUCGCCGAAAUGGGCUUUGUUCACAAACGCCUGGCUGCACACAAGGUUUUGGUUAAUGCAAACCUGGGCUGCAAAGUGUCCGGCUUCCGACCUCUUCAAGAGGACAAGAUCGAGGCGAUCUACACAACACUUCACGGAGGGAAGAGUGUGGUGCUGUGGACCGCUCCGGAAGCCAUCCAGUACCAUCGUUUUUCCUCCGCCUCAGAUGUCUGGAGCUUUGGUAUCGUCAUGUGGGAGGUCAUGUCCUACGGGGAGAGACCCUACUGGGAUAUGGGCAACCAAGAUGUGAUCAAGGCCAUCGAGGACGGCUUCCGGCUCCCCGCGCCGGUCAACUGCCCGACACAUUUGCACCAGUUGAUGCUCGACUGUUGGCAGAAGGAGAGAACAGAGAGACCCACCUUCAGUCAGAUCCAUUCGGCGCUGAGCAAGAGUAUCCGCUCGCCCGACGGUAUCGGCUCCUCCACGUUGGCACGAAGAACCCUGAGUUCCUCCAUAACACUGGCGGACAGACCGAUACCCACCUUCCCGUCGUUUAACUCGGUAGGCGAGUGGCUGGAUGCUGUAGACAUGGGCCGAUACAAGGACAACUUCACUGCUGCGGGCUACUGCUAUUUGGAGUCGGUGGCGCGAAUGACCGUACAAGAUGUCCUGAGUCUUGGCGUCACCUCCCUGGAGCACCAGAAGUUGAUCCUGGCUGCCAUCCAGACCCUUAGAGCCCAGGUCAUCCAAAUGCACGGGCGCGGCGUGCAAGUGUAACAGCCGGCCGAAGGCGCUGCUUGCCCGCAGGCUAACGCGUACAUGCAGAUGGCAGAGGACGAGGGUGUGGAUGAAGCAAGCGAGACUGUCUUUCCCUUUCCGAACGAAGGGCAGAGAAAAGGACCUUGCGCUCCUCUAUUUCUUCCUCUCUCCUGCAUUCUUCCUCAUGCCUUCCGCAAUUCCUUCCGUUCUUUGUGCUGUGAAGGCCCUCAGAGAUGAGCAUCAGUCCCUCUGGUGGUUGGGGGUGGGGUGGCAGAAGAGUGAUGUCAUGUGACUUUUUUUUGCACUUUGACCUUCAAAACCUGUGUCAGCGAAAUCGUCCCGUUUCGGAAUCGCUGCGUGAAGACGAUAGAGAGAGAGUCUCUUCCAGAAUGGUGACCUAUGAGCUGCGGAUGGGGGCUGUAGAGAAGGGACUCCAAAAGGUUACUGGACCACUCCCACCGUUACCACAAUUAUUUCAUUUAUUUUAUUUUAUUUUAAUUUUUGGUACCGUUUACUGGCCUCGCGUCAAGACUGGCAAAGACACUUCCCCGCCGUCUGAUCCCACUUGGAAUACGAAGGGACAUCAUCUAAGGAUGUGAACGAGCAUCACGAUGCCAGAAGUGAUUUUUAUAUCAGAUGGUGAGGGGAUAUGUCUGAAUAUUUUUUUAAAUGGCAGGCUUGUAAUCCACACACCCGGUGCAGUGGCUGCCAAUAGUUAUAAAGUCUGAGCUGUCCCAUGCAAAAAAAAAAAAAGGAGGAGGGGGGGCUGACAAGUUAGAAUUUUUUUAAUUUGAAUGAGGCCUGUAAAAACAUUUGAAAUGAAUGAAGGGAUGAUGUACUAUGAGAGUAAAGUGUGCUGAAUCUUAAAUCGAGAUCAAGCCUGGGGAUUGAUAGAAUGAACUUUCAGGAAUAUCGGCCUGAUAAUUUUUUUUAUUUAUUUUUAUUUUUUGGACUGAUGGAUGAAAAAAAAGCUGUCGGGCCGUGUCUGGUGAACGAGUUGUGUGUUUGAUCACCCUUAACUUAAUGUCGCUGGUCUCUUUCACUCAUCCUGGUUUCUUUUCUGUCAAGCUGUCUUCAACGUGCAAAUGAACUAUUUCAUUUUCCCCUUUCACCCGGAUGCCAUCUUGUAAUCUUUCCCCUCCCGCGUACUCUCUGUCAAACUCAGGUCAACUCUGGAAGAUGACCCAAAACUCAUAUUUAUUUGUGGAGCGGGAACCUCAAGAGAUCACUAUAAAAGCAGAGGUUGGCUUUGGUAUUUAAUUUAAAUGAAAACAUGAGUUUGCUAAUUCUGCGACGCUCAUGUUGAACGGGUUUCGUACGGGACUGCCAAUGGAGGAUGUUAGCUGUCUGCACACAGUAUCUGUGUAUUCAUGAACAGUUAGUCUGAUAUCAUCGGAUGUGUUGGGUGUGUAAAUUCAGUAUUAGAACGUCGUCAUGAUAUUCUUUUUGUUUCUCAUCCUUUUGUAUUUUCCACACUAAAAGGCGCAGUGGAUGAUGAGGCUCACCUUCAAUGAAUGGCCUAUUUUGUAAUUUUUUUUUCAUACAUUGGGCGCACCGCAUUAUAAGACGUAAUCUGCAAUGCAUCCACUAGAUGGAGCUACACUCAAGGAAACACCAACAGAACAAUCAGAUGUCAGUAAAACUUAUUGAAUAAAUCAGCGACACAGUUCACUUAACCAACAGCAAGUUUAUAACAUUGACUCGUUAACGUUGAACUCUCUUGCCGCUGCGCUAUUUCCGUGUUCAAGUGCGUAACCGAUAUUUUGGGGUCAAAAUAUUACCGUAAUGACCAUACACAAGGCGCAUCGGAUUUUAAGGCGCACUGUGAGCUUUUAAGAAAAUGGAAGGCUUUUAGGUGUGCCUUUUAGGUUUUUUUUCCCCCAUUACUGUUGGGUGUUGGUGUCCAGUGAUCUGUCCCCGUCGCCUUGACAAAGUCAUCACAGCAGAUUGGUUAAGAGAGCGUUUAGCGAGGCGUGAGCUGAUGACCAUCUUUUGAUCAGAGGUCAUGUAACCAAUUUGUAUUUGCGACAGAAUACAGUUCGCGUGGUUCUGCUUCUUCUCAUCCGUCGUCUCUCUUUUUGUAAUUGUGGAAAACAAAAGCAACUCAGGCGGGGCAGCUGGCAAAUGAUCGACUUUUCGUUUCGUCGGCCGAUUGCAAGAUUGUUCGACGGUUCGCGGUGAAAUAGGAAGAAAGGCAGUUUGCGGUUGCUAUCGCACACUCACACACACUUGGAGAAAUCAAAUGCACCCUCGUGCAUUCGCGCACAGAAAAAUAACGAAUGGAACGUGUCGCCACAAUGAAUGAAAUGUCAAGCGUUUGUGACCCUCUCUUUGCCCGUCUCUUACCACGAUAUGUUUAAUACUGUAAAUAUGUACUUGAAAAUGCUAAAUCUAUUUUUAUAAUUUGUUUGAAGAACAAUGUGUUGAAUAUAAUAUCUGCUCACUGUGUAUGGGGUGAUUUGUUUGAAUUUAGGGCCGUGGCCAACAACCUCUGGUGUUUGGAGUAUUUAAAACAAAAAAAGUUUUUGGGGGGGUUUGGGUGGGUGUUAGUUUUUGAUGAUUUUUACCCAUUGGAAGAAAUUCUAAUGGCUGUUCCAGUUAUGAACUGUGUUAUUAAAAAAUCUCCCAAUGUA